AUGGCCGACCUGACCACGUGGGUUGGGGCCGCCCUCACCGACCAAGACACGUGUCUAGAUGGCUUUCGGGAUCAAGAGGAGGUGUCGGUUAAGAGCAAGAGUAAGAGUAGUAUGAAAAUGGUGAGGAGACAAGUGCGGAGAGUGGGCUACAUAAUGAGCAAUGCUCUGGCUUUGAUUACUAGGCUUGCAUCCACUGGCUUAGCCUGA